AUGAUUGCCCCCAGCGCAAUUGAGUCGAUCCUGGCCAUCUUCGUGCCCCUGAUCCAAGCCCAUAGGGAGAAAAGCACACGGCCCUUUAUAUUAGGCCUAUCAGGCUUGCAGGGGAGUGGAAAGUCAACGUGGGCUAGCGCACUGGUCCACGCAUUGAACGCCGAACAUAGCCUCUGUGCGCGAACGCUCUCUCUAGACGACCUAUACUUUGAUUAUCCACAGCUUAUGGCAAUCCGCAAGGCCAACCCUGGUAACGGGCUGCUGCAAACACGAGGGCAGCCUGGCACGCACGACGAAACUCUCGCGCAGGAGGUUUUCAGCAAGAUCAAGGCGCUUAAUGUGACAAAAGAGAACGGUUGGUGUCUCGGCUUUCGGCCGUUGGGGCCCGAGGUGCUCACGAAACUCUGGGAGGAGGCCAAGGCCACGACGUUAAACCGAGAGGUAGCACCAUUGAUUUCGAAGUCAUCUACCUGCCUGGAGCAAGAAGACCCAUUGCUUGUUAACACACUCGCGACCCACAAUGUGGGCCACCUCCUGGUCAUCAACGCCAACUUGCAACGGUACUGCGAGACAUUUACAGGCCCCGAGCACUUUGAUGGCUUUAUUCACUUAAACACGGAUAGACUUACCAAUGUCUACGAAUGGCGGCUAGGCCAGGAGAAAGCCCUUCGCGAGCACAAGCCAGGCAUGUCGGAUACGCAAGUCAUCCAGUUCGUGCGGGGUUACAUGGCUGCUUAUGAACUGUUCUUACCCCGUCUUCAGCAAGAAAACUUCUUUUACACUAAACAGAAGAGGAAAGUCCAUCAGCCAACCCGCGCUAGCCUCCACAACAUGGCGAACCUAAGGCGUGAUAGCAUCGAACAGCAAAAGAUUGACGACAAGUUUAUCGAAAUAGCCCCGGGAAGUGUUAUAGAAAAGGGUGGUAUUUUAGAUAAAGGUGACGCGGAUUACUCUGGUGCCGUUAAGAAGACAGAUCCUGCCGAGAUCAAACUCGUGCGGAAGCUUGACUGGCGUAUCAUGCCCACUCUUUGGGCUAUGUACUUCCUCAACUACCUUGACCGGAACGCGAUUGCCCAAGCACGUUUGAAUGGUCUUGAGCAGCACCUCGGUUUGGUAGGCACCCAGUACAACACCUGCAUAUCAAUUUUUUACCUGCUGAUGCAAAUACCUUCCAACAUGUUAAUCUCGUCAAAGAGAGUUCGACCCUCGGUGUACAUGUCCGUUUGCAUGAUGGCCUGGGCAGUCGUCUCGGCCUCCACUGCACUCGCUAGAGACUACAAGGACCUCGUAGUGCUCCGAUUCUUCCUUGGCGUCACCGAGGCUCCAUUUUACCCCGGAGCCCUAUAUAUCUUAUCUAUCUUCUAUACUCGUAAGGAGAUCGCUACCCGUCUAUCCAUUCUCUACUCAGGUAAUAUCUUUGCCACUUCCUUCUCAGGCCUCAUCGCGGCCGCCGUAUUCAACACCAUUGAUGGACACCAGGAUAUGAAGGGCUGGCAGUGGCUAUUCAUCAUUGAGGGUGUUCUUACCUUUGUCAUUGGAAUCAUCGGCAUCUUCACCCUCGCCGAUAGCCCCUAA